AUGUAUUUUCCCGCCAAAAAUUUCAUCGGAAAGUAUCAAACGAUGUUUAAGUUUUUAGGCGUGUUCCUUUGCUGCGCGAUGGCAGACGUCACGUUUCUGGUGAUGUUUGGCAGUCAAACGGCGUCGUCGGUGAAAGCAGGGAUGGAGUGGACGCGAUGGGUUGGAACGCCUUUGUCGGCAUUUGCGCGCGCGGCGGCGGCGAGCGCUUUAGCCGGAUACGCCUCGAGCGUCUGGAAGAAGGAUCACGCGUUUUCGAGCAACACGAUGCAUUCGUACGCGUUGGCGUGCGCGACGUACGCGAUGGCGAGCAUUUUAGUUGUUGUUGUUCUUCAAGCCGGGAAAGUGAGUUAUGGCUUAGCGAGUCCGUGGCAGUUGGUUGGAGCGAUCGGUGGGAUCGCCGCGGUGACUGGGUUUUUUACCGCCGUGGCGUUUGUGCAAAACGUGAUGAGAAGCGCAGCGAAAGCCGGGAGAGACUCGUUGAAUAACGAAGCGUUGAGCGCGUCCGUGGAUUUUGCCUCUGCGGUAGGAACGAUUAAGAAAGCCAUGGCGAGAGAGUUUGAGAAAGAAAUGACCCGAUCCGUGGAGAAGAUUGAAAAAGAGAUGCGAAAAGCGUUGGAGGAGAAGAAGAGGGCGGAGGAGAAGUUGGCGAAAAUUAUCAACGAACGCUCGGCGGAGAUGCAAAAGAUGAACGCGAGAAUCGAUCAAGCGAUUGAAGGAAGAGCAUCGGGGAGAGAACAGGGCGCAACGGAAGCUUUGGAAUCGUCCUCGUCGUCGCAAAAAAUGAAAGCGGAGAACGAAGAAGAGGUGAAGAGUUUGCGGGAGGAGAUGGCGAGGAUGAGGGCGACGUACGAAUCGGCGAUGAACGCGGCGCAAAGAGAGUUUACAGAAGCGUUGGAGAAGGAAAGAAAUUUAAGCGCGGAGAAAAUUGAGAGCUGGGAAAAAGAACAAACGACACCACCACCAGUCGUGCUUUCUUCUUCUUCUGAACCAGAAAGAGGAAUGAUGAGCGAAGAAGACGUCGUCGCCAUGGUGUCCAAGUUGCAAGAAGAAAAAGAUCGAGAGAUUCAAAAAGUGGUCCAAGCGUUGCUUUCAGAAAAUCUCGCCCGAGAGGCGUCUUUGCGGUACGACAACAAAGUGCAGAAAGCGACGAGCGAGUCUGCAUUAGUUGCCGCCCAAAACCAAAUAGAAAUCGAAUUGAGUGCGUAUCGAUCGCAAAUCGAAUCGUACGAGCAAAGGAGUAAAUUCCAAGCGGCUGAACGAGACGCGUUGUAUCGACUUCAAUCGCACGAGUUUGCAAAAACCUCGAAGCGCGACCGGGAGUAUACCAAAGCCGAAGCCGAAGACGCGGUCAAGGUACUAUACGACGUCAUCGCUGAUUUAAAAGAGGAACAGUUGGACAUCGUUGCCGCGUUGCAAGCAGAGAAUGUGGACGCGAUCGCGGAGGUAUUACACGAAAGAGAUGCCGCGGUAUCGGCGAUUGAAAAGGAGUUGAAGACGAUGAAGGCGACGUAUGAAAGUUCGUUGGCAGCGGCGCAAGAAUACUUUAAAGCGUCAUCGGCAACGAGUUCAGCCGUAGAUGCAGAAGCAUCCAAGAUGCUCGAAGACGCGAGGAAGGAGUUGAUCAUGGCAAAGGCGGAACGAAAUGCGUUGUAUAAGACGUUACAAAGUGAAUUCAGGAAAGAUAAAGACUCGAAGACCGAGGACGAGGCGAACGCCAAAGUUGCCGCUUUAGAAGCACGGAUCGAAGCGUUGACGAAAUAUAGUACCAACGACAAACGCGCGUUGCGCGAUUUAUUCCUAUCUGAAGUCGCAAAAGCGAAGAAGAUUGGCUCGGAGCAAACGAAACCGAUCGAAGAGGCUUUAAGAAUGGCCAAAGCAGAGCGAGACGCCUUGUAUCGAUUAGCGCAGCGAGAAAGUUUGAAGUUGAAUCAUCAAACGGAAAUGGCUGCUUCGGAUUUAGAAUCGUGGGAGAGAGAGUUGGAGUCGAUCGGUGUAGAACUUAGGACGAAAACGGCGACGUUGGAAAGCGCGUUGAACGCGAGUCAACAGAGUUUAACGCAAACCGCAUCGGAGUGGUCUUUGCGCCAAAAAGAUAUCGCCGAAUCGUUGGAGAAGGCAAACAAGAGUUUAGAAAUGGCAAAAAGUGAACGGAACGCGUUGUAUAGGCUGGCAACAAACGAAAGCAUGAAAAACUCGGAGCGUCUUUCAAAAGUAAACGCGGUUGACGGCAGGUUCACCGCGGAAAUGGAGCGGCUUCAAGGCGAAUUGUUGGCGAUGAAGAACAACUCCGCGCAAAAGGACGAAAAGACGAGAGCGCAGAUGGACAAUUUGAAGAAGCAAAACGAGAGCGAUGUUUUAUUGGCAAAACGAGAAACCGAAAAAGCGAGAGAGGAUGUUAAGCAACAAAUAGCUGCGAUCGAACAAAAACACGCGAAAGAGUUGGAAAAUGCGAAAGAGUCUGCGAAGAACGCGGAUGCGAUUUUGGUGGCGAAAGUUGCUCGGGUGCAACAAGAGACGGAAGCGUUGAAAAAGCACCAGCAAGAAAACGUGAAAAAGUUGGAAGAACAGCAUAAAAAAGCGUUGGAAGAAGCGAAAGACGCGUCAAACUCUUCCUCUGCGAUAUUAGUCGAAAACGUAGCCGCGUUACAGAAGCAAAUCAACGACUCGAAAGACGCGCAAAAACUCGAGAUGGAGAAGAUGAUACAAACGAAAGACGCUUUAGUCAAGGACAAGGAGCAACUGAGUAAAGCGGUGGAAAAAUUAGAAGCAGACGCGGAAAAGAUGAAGGACGUGAUCAGUCGACACGGCGAGGAGCUCACUCAAGCGAAGAAACAGUCCGUCCAGGACGUUCGCAAAGAGCUCCAAGACGCCAUGGAGAAGGCGAAGAAAACCGCCUCCAUGAUUGAAAAGAUAAAAAACGAUAGCGAAGGCAGAAUCGUGGAAGCUCGUCGCGCGGCGAUUGCGGAGUACGAAAAGUUAGCGAUGGAAGAAGCGAGAAUUGCGAGAGAAGCAUUCACGAAGGAAAUCAACGCCACGACUGAAGAGCUGGAACGACGCGCGAAGCAGUUUGUGGAAGCCGAGAAGAUUUUGAAGGAAUCGAGCGAAGCGAAGAAGUAUUUGAGGGACGUUUUGAAAGACGACGAAGAGAAAUUAUCCAAGUUGCCGAAGUGGUUGAGUUAA